CACGUCUGGAAUUUGGCAGCGCGUGGCGCCUGUGUCGUACAUGUAUAUACGGCGGCCCGUUUCCUUCUCGCACAGGCCGCAAUGAAGGCGAUGUGAGGCGUCCUUCCUCCCACAAAUCCUCAGCGACGUGGAACCGCGGCGUGGUUUGAGCCUCGUCCCUCUAUUCCAUGAUUCUGGCAUCCUCGCCGCCAUGACCCCAUAAAUGUUGCACCGCGGUCAGUUGCUUUCAUUCGAGUCGGCCGCUGGGCAUGAAAGCAACCUCGUUCUCUACAUUCUACAUCAACGUGCCACUGUAAGGUUCUCACGCCUGAUAUGGGACCAGAGAGGCUCUAUCGCGGCGCUGGUCAGAAGCCACCUCGGUCUCCGCAAGGAUGAGACGUGCGCUGUUCUUCCACCCGAUGCCUGGUUAUCUGGCGGGUUCAAUCUGUGCGUCCUUGUCGAGGCCACGGUUGCCGGACGCUUGACGCUCGUCUUCCGUUGCCCAAUGUCUCAUAAACUAGCCGAACGACAGUAUCCAGGGACGAUUGACGAAAAGGUUCGGGGCGAGGUAGCCGCUUAUGCAUGGAUUCAGGAACACUGCCACGAGAUUCGGAUCCCGUGCCUUUACGCUUUCGGUUUUACUGAUGGACUCCAGUUCAGCCAUGUUGAGCAGGCACCAUUUUAUACGCGCAUCUCCCGAAGUUUUCAGCGGUGGGUGCACCGCAUUCUUGGCUUGUCUCUCCUCUCAAACUACUCUCGGAACACCACGUUGCCGACCGUCGAUACUGCGUAUAUGCUACUCGAGUAUAUUAGCCCUGAGACGGGAACGAUGCUGUCUGAAACAUGGAACGAGUAUAUGCACGACGCUCAGCGCGUGCAUCCCUAUUCCGAGGCAUCACAUAUCGGCUCCUUUCGAUUUAAUCCACGCGAUGCCACCAUCACGCUCUCGAAUCGUCCCCUGAUGUGUAGCACAAUGCUCUUCGAGAAAAGUGGCACUCCGCGGACCAUUCAACCUCAUCAGACAUAUCAGACCACCGACAGCUUUGUCUCGGAAACGCUAACGUUAUACGACAAUCACCUGCUUCAUGAUCCCCACGCUGUUCGGGAUGAGGACGAUGCGCGUGAACGAAUAACAAUCAGGACACUGCUACGGGCUCUGUCUCACCAUUUCCUAACCGACUUCCACCAGAGUAAUAUCUUUGUGGAUAAGGAUUGGAAUAUUACCUGUUUGAUGGAUCUCCAGUGGCUCUGCGCUCUGCCGUCGGAAAUGCUAUCAGUACCGUCUUGGCUUGCGAAUUGUAGCCUUGAUAACAUCAUAGGGAAACGUUACGACCACUUCAACGAGGCACGCAAGGUCUUUCUAGAUGUCAUGGAUGAGGAGGCGCAGAGCAUACGACAGGAGCACGACAUUCAGGUCACAGACACAAUGAGACACUCGUGGUCUUCCAAAAGAGUGUGGUUCUGGGCCUGUCUGAGGAGUACGAAUGCCUGGCUUUUUAUCUUCGAAGAUCACAUUCUUCCUAGGUUCUCUGAUGACAAAGAGUUAGUCGUCAGCCUGAAGCAGAUGUCGGUGCUUUGGCGGGACGAUGUUGAGGACGUUAUAAAAGCCAAGGUACAAGAUGAGGAGAAGUACAGGGAGGAGCUUCUUCACCUAAUCAACGACCAAGAACAAGGGAUUGAAAAUUCUAGAGAAUGAUAUUUCUCCCACUGUUCAGGCUACGAAAGCUACGAUUUAUGGAUUAAUGGUGGUGAAGCUGAAGGAGAGUCUGAUGCUAACCUGUAGGGUAGCUGAAACACCACUGGCGCUUGGGAUUCAGCGGCAGCCGCAUGCAGUCCUGACUCCAGUCCUGUCGGGCCAACCAGCUGACACUGCCACUUCAGCCUGGUCAGCCGAGGCCGGCCGCGUCUCAGGCUGCGAGGCC